CCCUCUUUUCUCAAAAGAUCGGAGGAUCGAUAGAAAUGCCUGAUCUACGAGAGAGGAGAUGAAUGUCCUUCGAUUCUUCCUCUUUUGAGAGAUCUCGAUCAAGAAACCUAGGGUUUUUUUUUUCCUCUCCUUCGUUGAAGUGAAAAAAAAGGGAUGGGGGAUUUCAAUCUUGCGCUGGUGAUCGUUGCGGUCGUGGUGACCGUGAUCGUAUUCGUGGUGAGCAUAUACCUGCUGGUGAACUACCAGCAUCCCGACGAUGUCAAUCAGGCCUACUUCCCCAAGUUUGUCGUCAUCAUCGGCCUUUCCAUCUCCAUCCUCUCCAUCUUGAUGCUCCCGGCGGACGUUGCCAAUCGCCAGGCCUGCAGCCGCGCCAUCUACAAUGGAGCCUGCAAUCUUACUCUCCCCAUGAAAGAUCUCUGGCUUGCCGUCUACAUCGCCGACGCUGUUCUCGUUUUCUUCAUCAUCCCCUUCGCCAUGUUCUACUACGAGGGCGAUCAAGACAAGAGCAUAGGAAAACGCAUAAAGAGUGCAUUGAUGUGGGUCAUUACGAGUGCCAUUGUUUGCGGGCUUGUGCUCGGCAUCCUGUAUGCGCUAGUUGGAAAGGUGGACUUCACAGUUAGGCAUCUUUCUUCAGCCACUACAAACUUCCCAAGUACUUGGACAGAUUUCACAAGCACUCAACCAUGUGUUGGUAAUAAUCUUCAUCAGUGCUCUGCAUACUCAGCAAGUGCUUCAUCAGAAACAACUUGGACUAUGCGCACUAGCUUUCCAGAAUAUGUGGUUGCUCUUGCCACAAUUGUUGGCUCCGUGCUUUUCUCUAUAUUCGGAGGUGUUGGAAUUGCCUGCCUGCCUUUGGGGCUUAUAUUUUCAUUUAUUCGGCGUCCCAAGGCUGUCAUUACACGCUCACAGUAUAUCAAGGAGGCAACUGAACUGGGGAAGAAAGCAAAAGAAUUGAAGAAAGCAGCCGAUGCACUUCAUCAGGAAGAGAGAAGUGGGUCUAAGGGGCGAAAAUGGCGCAAAAAUGUGAAGGCCGUUGAAAAGGAGUUGCUCCUCUUGGAAGAAGAUGUGACGGCUUUAGAGGAAAUGUAUCCUCAGGGAGAAAAGGCAGAGGCCACAUGGGCUUUCACUAUUCUAGGCUACUUGGCAAAGCUUGUAUUAGGAGUUGUUGGGUUCAUUGUUUCGGUGGCUUGGGUUGCACAUAUUGUUAUAUAUUUGCUGAUUGAUCCUCCUCUUUCGCCCUUCCUGAAUGAGGUUUUUAUCAAACUGGACGAUGUAUGGGGUCUUCUAGGUACUGCUGCAUUUGCCUUCUUCUGCUUCUACCUUCUGCUAGCUGUGAUUGCAGGGGCAAUGAUGCUCGGUCUGCGAUUAGUUUUCAUAACCAUUCAUCCCAUGAAGUGGGGAGCAACUCUGAUGAACUCUUUUCUUUUCAACGUGGGACUCAUUCUCCUUUGCUCCAUCAGUGUAAUUCAGUUCUGCGCAACAGCAUUUGCUUACUACUCACAAGCAACCGCAGCUCAAGAGAUAUUUGGUCACACAUUGGAGUCCCUUCGUGGAAUUAAGUAUCUGUACAAGUAUAAUGUGUUUCAGAUUGCAUUUAUUGUUUUUGCGGGACUCACAUUUGUGUACUAUGCAGCAUUUGGAUGGAAAAAGAGAAAACCUAGUGGCAGGUUUCAGCUUUCCUCUUGAAUUUGCAGGUUUGGCCAAGUGAUUUCAGAUCUGGACGUGUAUGGUAUGAUUUUGUUAUCUUCUAUCCAUAUUGAGAAGAGCCGAUACCAGAUAUUGUUGAUUGUAAAAUGUGUUUCUGCUUGAUCACUAAGGUCUGAUUUUGAGCAAAAUCUAAAAAGCAUAUAUAGAGCCAAUCCACAGUUACAGCGGCAUUUGGAGAGGUGGGUGUGUUCGAGUGCUGAUGCCGCAGGGGCCAUGUUUUUCUGAUUUCUUUCUUUUCCCUUGUAUGUAUUAUUUCAUGGAUGAUUUUCAUUUGAUUUAGUGUAGUGUGGUGAUUUUGUUUCUAUUAACAGACCACUGACUGAUUGGAAAUAAAAUCACAAUAUGAAGUGACAGCA